GAUAUACUGUUGUCAAAUUUAAGUUUAGGUUUAGAGAAUCACGUCAGAAUCGACACCACUGUUGUCAAGUUAACAAAUUAGGGAAUACGAAUAACCAACUGAGUGCCGGCUGCCGGCCCGGCCAUAAUUCAAAAUUACACCGCGGAUAUCAAAUCCCGAGGGAGCCAUCCACAGAAGAAAUUUAAUCUAAUUCAUAAUUACAAUAUUUCUUAUGCAAAAUUAUCUUUAUAAUGGUUUUUAAAUGUCAAGAAGAUAGUUUUUUGAAGGAAUUCACGUCCAGAGUAGUGAAAUGUGAGGAAACUACAGAACCAAUAGUGGAAUAUGGUAAAGUAUCUAAAUUUGAAGGUUAUCAAGUUACAUUAGAGAAUACCAUACUUUUUCCUGCGGGGGGAGGUCAGCCUCAUGAUCAUGGGUGGUUGAAUGGAAAAGAAGUGGUGCAGGUGUUACGCAAAGGGGAUGAAGCCCUACAUUUCACUAGAGAACCUUUGGAAGUAGGCACUUUCGUCUCCCAGAAAGUGAACUGGGAGAGGAGAUUUGAUCACAUGCAACAACAUUCUGGACAGCAUCUCCUGUCAGCAAUCUUGGAGAAAGAACACAAUCUUCCCACAACUAGCUGGUGGUUAGGUGCAGAAGAGUGUUAUGUGGAGUUAAAUUCCACUAAAGUUAAUAAUGAUGUAAUACAAGCUACUGAAGAUAGAUGCAAUGCUCUUAUCAGAGAAGCUAUACCUGUGAAUGUCAAGUUCUGUAAAAUAAAUGACCCUAACUUGGAUGAGGCACACACUAGAGGACUUCCAAAAGAUUGCAUUGACACAAUUAGAGUCAUCUGUAUUGGAAGCAUUGAUGGGAAUAUGUGUUGUGGUACACAUGUAUCCAACUUAAGUCAACUUCAAGUAAUAAAAUUACUCGGUAUAGAACCAGGAAAGAAAGGCAAGACCAAUGUAAAAUUCUUAGUAGGUAAUCGAGUCACUAAAACAUUGCAACUGAUGCUGGAUAGAGAAAAGGCUUUGACAGGAUUACUGAAGAAUGAACCCAGCAAACAUGAAGAUUUAGUACAAAAACUUCAGAAGAACCUUAAAAUUUCAAAUAAAAACCUUUCGAAUGUGCUUAUGGAACUAGCCCAAUAUGAAGUGGAAAAACUAAAAAAUGCUCAACCAAAACCAAAAUUUGUUUUUAUGUUCAAAAAAGAGGCAACACCUGAUUUCAAUAGAGCUGUUUGUAAAGGUUUAGAAGGGGAGAGUUUGUUUAUGUUCUUUGCUUCUGAAGAAGUGGAUAAACCUAAAGAAGGGCAGAUCCUUAUACAAGGUCCAGAUGAGCAUAUUAAAGUAUUAGGACAACAGUGAGUUUCCCCUUUGUAAAUUGAUAUUAUUUUUCAGAACUAUCAAGAUUUGUCAUUAUUGUUUUGUAUUAAAGAUUAAAAUUUGGGAAAUUCUAAUUUUUAAUAAUGUACUAGAUAAUACUGCCUAGAUACUAGAAAUAACAAAUCACAGAACUGCUAAAGUGUAAAGGUGCAUUUAAUAAUGGUAAAUUCCAAGGAAAAGCUGGUGAUUUAAGCAAUAUUAACAAAUGUAAAAAGAUUGUUGAAAAUUACUUUAAUGUUUCACAAUAAAUGUGCAAAUAAAUACAUUUUGUUAUUUAAAUAAAUGCAUAUUUAAACUGGUUUAAAUAAAAAAUUGUCUUUAAUAUUAAGAAAUGAAUUUAAAUAAUAUGUAAAUAUAGCAAGCUAACAUUUGUUUCAAUAGAUAAUACAAUACAUAUCCUUAACUUGAUACAUCAAUGACAUGUUUUUACAAACUAAGAGAAUUCAGUUAUCUAAAGGCAACCCUGUUAACUCAUAUUUCUUUGUUUUUUUUAAUUAAUUCUAUUUCAGACUUAAUAUCAUCUAAAAUAUAGGUUCUAAUCUUAAUAUUGUUCCAGUCUUUGGAGACAUCAUCUAGGUAGUUAUCAAAGUCCACGAGUUCUGUUUCCUUAUGUCCCUGAAGCAGCUGUGAUGUUGAAUGCAAAAAGAAACGGUCCG